AAAAUGGCUGAGAAACAGAAGCACGAGGGCAGGGUAAAGAUAGGACACUACAUCCUCGGGGACACGCUUGGAGUCGGGACGUUUGGAAAAGUUAAGAUUGGAGAGCACCAGCUUACUGGACAUAAAGUUGCUGUGAAGAUCUUGAAUCGUCAGAAGAUCCGUAGCCUCGAUGUCGUUGGCAAAAUUAAACGGGAGAUCCAGAACCUUAAACUGUUCCGGCAUCCACACAUUAUUAAACUGUACCAGGUGAUCAGCACGCCAACGGAUUUCUUCAUGGUGAUGGAGUAUGUGUCUGGAGGAGAACUCUUCGAUUACAUCUGCAAACACGGGAGGGUGGAGGACACAGAGGCGCGUAGGCUCUUCCAGCAGAUCAUCUCGGCAGUGGAUUACUGCCACAGACACAUGGUGGUGCACAGAGACCUGAAGCCUGAAAACGUGCUGCUGGACGGCUGUAUGAACGCCAAGAUCGCCGACUUCGGUCUGUCGAACAUGAUGUCAGACGGAGAGUUCCUGAGAACAAGCUGUGGGUCGCCUAACUAUGCCGCCCCGGAGGUCAUCUCCGGAAGACUGUACGCUGGUCCGGAGGUGGAUAUCUGGAGUUGUGGGGUUAUACUCUAUGCUUUGCUCUGUGGGACUCUACCCUUUGAUGAUGAGCAUGUGCCCACCCUGUUCAAGAAGAUCCGCGGGGGUGUGUUUUACAUCCCAGAAUACCUCAACCGAUCUGUGGCCAGUUUGCUCAUGUUCAUGUUACAGGUGGACCCACUAAAGAGAGCAACCAUCAAAGACAUCAGGGAACAUGAGUGGUUUAAGCAGGACCUGCCUGGCUACUUGUUUCCUGAGGACCCGGCGUACGACGCCACGGUGGUGGACGAGGACGCGGUGCGUGAGGUGUGUGAGAAGUUUGAGUGUACAGACUCGGAGGUGAUGAGCAGUCUUUACAGUGGAGAUCCUCAGGACCAGCUGGCUGUGGCCUAUCACCUCAUCAUCGACAACCGUCGCAUCAUGAACCAGGCCAGCGAGUUCUACCUGGCCUCUAGCCCCCCCACCGGAUCUUUCAUGGAGGAGGGCAUGCCCCUGCCCCCGGGGGUCAAACCCCACCCCGAGCGCAUGCCCCCCCUGCUGGCCGACAGCCCUAAAGGACGCUGCCCGCUGGACGCACUGAACACUACCAAACCCAAACCUCUCGCCGUGAAGAAAGCCAAGUGGCAUCUUGGCAUCCGCAGCCAGAGCAAACCCUAUGACAUCAUGGCUGAGGUUUACAGAGCUAUGAAACAGCUGGACUAUGACUGGAAGGUGGUGAACCCGUACCACCUGAGAGUGCGCAGGAAGAACCCCAUCACAGGCAACUUUGUGAAAAUGAGUCUGCAGCUCUACCAGGUGGACAACCGCAGUUACCUGCUGGACUUCAAAAGCAUCGAUGAUGAUGUCAUCGAGCAGAAGUCCGGAUCCUCCACCCCUCAGCGCUCAGGGUCGGCCGCGGGCCUCCACGGCCUCCACCGACCUCGACUCAGCAUUGACUCGGCGACCGUCGCCGUGGAAACGCCCCAGCUCAGCAGCUCCCUGCCGGGCUCGUUUAGUGGCUCCGCCCCCCUGCUCUCCCCGCGGCAGGGCAGUCACACCAUGGACUUCUUCGAGAUGUGUGCCAGUCUGAUCACAACUCUGGCCCGCUGAGACACACACAC